AUGCUUAGCCUGUUCGAGGCCAUGACUGGCCCCAUGGUAAGGACUUGGCACAUGCGUCUGCCGGACCCGUCAAGGGGGCGACGAGAGGAGGUACACAAGGUGCAACUUCGGCACUUCCCUCUAACGGGACACAGCUCCAGGAGUGUCACGGUCGAUGGCAUCGCCGUCCAAGGCGCGGAGAGCGCGCCCCCCCCCGGCGGCGGCAGCUUGAAGAAGACGGUCACCCUGAAGGUCCGUGUCGGGAGCCAUGACUGCUGGGUGGGGUACAGGGCGUCGGCCCGACCCGGGCGGUACUUUUACAGCUGUAUCAUCGACGGCGUCGUCAUGCCGGAGCUCAACGAUACUGUCGGCGACACGGGGGACGAUGAGGGUGUUCCUCUGCCGGGGGAGGUCUUCAUCGACAGCAUCGAGCCUGCCAAGGACAGGUUCGGCACAGAGUUUCUGGAGUUUCGAGUGGUGACUCUUCGCGGUACGAGACGAAGAGAUAGCUGCGGCGGCGGCGGCGGGGCGGGUAAGGCGGUUGACGGGGGCGGCGGGUGUUACCACGCGGUCGUGUGGAGGCGUUUCUCGGCGUUCCGAUCGCUGCACAGCGACGUGACGGCCAUGCUGUGGGGGUCCCACCUGCUGGACAGCCUGCCCCCUCUGCCAGCGAAGUGCAUCAACCCGUUGGUGAACCAGAUGGGCGCGGCGUUCUUGGAGAGCAGAAGGGAAGUGCUCCAAGCGUACCUCAGGCGUUUGCUCGAGGUUCCCAAGGCGCGAGCGUCGGUCAACCUGAUGGGAUUUUUAGGCCUCCACCCCAUCACCGGAUACCCGUUGCCUUGGGCGGCGUUGGCUCCUUCUACGCCUCGGCAGGCGGCACCGCUCGAUGACGAGGGGCGACGGGAGUUGUGAUUUUUUUCAUUUUGGGGGGGGGGGGUGGGGGAGGAGGAGUCCGAGGAGGAUGGGGAGCGGGGCAUCUUGAGUGGGACCUUGUUUUCCCGCCUGGUUGGCGUGUGGGGUGUAUUUGACCACUAAAUUGUACCAUUUCCUUGCGAGACGAGUGGGUAGGAAGGGCGGCUGGGGUUCGCUCGUAAGCGAAGCCCGCGGCGCAAAGCCCGCGCCGAAGAGCCAGGAGUGUACCGAGGGUGUCUCUGCCCACGGUAUCUAUCGUAAGGCCGUUGACCGUGCUUCCGACAUCGCCACGAAAGCACCGUCCUUCGUCGUGUGCGUUUUUAACAGAUACGGCAUUGAUUAUCUCCUUAAACUUGGUCGCGUUUUUAGUGAAAAUAAAAGGGGGCCACGUGGAUGGGGUUAGGGCCCGGGGUGUGGGCGGGGCCAGCUUGUUAUCAGCUGUAACUUUUUUUUCGCCAUUUCUGUCUUUGUUGUUGUUUCGUUUCCUGUUGCUGGCGCUUCUCUGGUCCUGCCUGAGGUGUAUUUUUACGAACUCGCGUGUGUGCUGACGUUUUCUUGUUGCUUCUGCUGUUUGCUGGGCCGGUUCUGUACAUAUUCUGAGCAUGCUUUCUGUUUCCACCAAUCACUAUACCCUUUCCCGCGUGCUGAGUGCCUUGAAGCGCGGGGAUACGAACGUCCCAGCUCUUGAGAGCACUAACGUUUUUCUUGGAGAAGUUAAGUGUUAUCGGAGCGGGGAAGUGUCUCUAGAACGAUACCCCCUAUCGUUUUCACAUUCUGCGGGGCACCGUGCUUCUGAAAAAAACAUUGGUGUCCCCAAAAGCGGGGAGAGUCCUUAGCGGUGGGUGUCCUUUAACGGGGGGACGACGGCCGUACACGGUGUAAAUGCAUGCGACUGAGCGGUGCGUGAGAUGGAGGAAACGAGUGUGAUUUCCUGUUUCCGUCUUGAUUAAUUCUGCUCAAUAUCUAGGUUGUUCCAACUGUAUUGCUGUUUCGUUCAUCCCUUUGGGCGACAGACGUUCGAUGCGGCCGGAGAUGCGUGCGAAAGCCAAUGUGUCAUGGGUGGAACGUCGACAGCGGCGCUCUCCAGCGCCACACUUCUUGUAACAGCGCCCACAGCCCAAACCCCACCGCCGGUCGGUCCGGUGCCGCGAGAAUACCCGGUUGUUGGUGUUCUGGUUCUGCCUGACGUGGCAUAGUCUAUUGUUUAGGCCGCUGCUCGGCUCGUGGAACAAGCGCUUCGAAAUGCGUCUUCGAUGAGUUUUGGUGCUCGUGGAGGGGGAAGCAAGAGACGCACAGAUGCAGAGAGAGGCAAGAUAGCGGUCCGGUGUGUUACUCGUCGCUGGACCUGACAACGGAGUGUCGUCGUUGUGUACAAAAUGUAACGAUGUUUGUGGCGUUAGUUCUGAUUAUUGGUGGAUGUAGAGAAUGUGGUUGAGGACGGGCGGCUCAUUGUCGGGUGUUGCCCGUGAUCUGUGCAGUUAACGUGCGACCCCCCGCCCCCCUGUGCUAGUUGAUUGGCCCCAACGCGACCGAUGUUUGCGUCGCCCGUGUAGUACGUGUCAACUCUGAUGAUUUCCUUGAGAGCUAAAAAAAAAUGCGCAACCAC